GUUGUACGCUGUGAAACAAAACGCGCGCAAUCAUCGCGUCCACAUUGCGCCGCAUCACGGUGAGGUCAUUGUCGUGCUGCGGUUAAAUUAGCCUGGCUAACGGGAGCAGUGCACUGCUAAGCUAUUAGCAUUUCGUUUAUGUGUGCUGUAGGCUGAAUAAGUAACAGUGUGAAGGAUGUCUGGAAGUGCAGGAGAGUGGUGUCUCAUGGAGAGCGACCCCGGGGUUUUCACGGAGCUCAUAAAAGGUUUCGGCUGCAGAGGAGCCCAGGUUGAAGAGAUAUGGAGUAUGGAGCCAGAGAACUUUGAAAACUUGAAACCCGUUCACGGGUUGAUUUUCCUGUUUAAGUGGCAGCCUGGUGAAGAGCCAGCAGGAUCAAUUGUCCAGGAUUCAAGACUUGAUCACAUCUUCUUUGCCAAGCAGGUCAUUAACAACGCUUGUGCCACCCAGGCCAUCAUCAGUGUUUUGCUCAACUGCUCUCAUCCUGACAUGUUGCUCGGCGAUACGCUGACGGAGUUCAGAGAGUUUUCACAGAGUUUUGAUGCAGCUAUGAAAGGUUUGGCUCUCAGCAACUCAGAAGUGAUCCGACAAGUUCACAACAGCUUUGCCAGACAGCAAAUGUUUGAAUUUGAUGCAAAGUCUUCGGCGAAGGACGAGGACGCAUUCCACUUUGUGAGCUACGUUCCUGUAAAUGGCAGGCUAUAUGAGCUGGACGGGCUUCGAGAGGGGCCGAUUGACCUGGGUGCAUGCAACCAGGAUGACUGGAUCAGCGCAGUCCGCCCUGUGAUUGAGAAAAGAAUACAGAAGUACAGUGAGGGAGAGAUCCGGUUCAACCUAAUGGCCAUCGUGUCUGACAGAAAAAUGAUAUAUGAGAGGAAAAUUGCGGAGCUCCAGGCCCAGCUUACUGAGGAUGAACCAAUGGACACAGACCAGAGCAGCACGUUCCUCAGCUCCAUCCAGUCAGAGAUUGCCAAGUACCAGCUCCUUAUUGAAGAAGAAAAUCAGAAACUAAAAAGAUAUAAGAUUGAAAAUAUUCGACGAAAGCACAACUACCUUCCUUUCAUCAUGGAGCUGUUGAAGACGCUGGCAGAGUACCAGCAGUUAAUACCUUUGGUGGAGAAGGCGAAAGAGAAACAGAGUGCCAAAAAAGCCCAGGAGGCCAAGUGAACAAGAGCACACUAUGAUUUAUACACACACACACGUCCAUCCUGAACCCUACAGUCACCCCCCCCCCCCCCCACACACACACACACACACUGUACCUGUCACAUAUGUAUUAAUGACCGAAGAUGGUCUGCAGCACACUCUCACCAUGGCAACCCAUUAAACCAUCCAGGACUGCCCUUCGGGUGUAGCCAAAAGACUGUCUGGCAAGGAAAAAAAGAAAAAUCAUGUGUCCAUCAGCUCUAAUGCAUGCUCGAAGGAAAGCUGUUAUCAAAUGAUGUUCUGUCUUAUUUUCAUAAUAAAAAUGUCUAGAUGUU